GUCCCUUCUGCCCUAUCUCUCCUUCUAAUCAUCGCCGUCAUGCCCAGUCGCAAAUCAUCAAGAUCUUCGGUAACGCAAAGCGCUGGACUGAACCAUCGCCCGCCCGAUAAGCUUGACGUCUGGAUCCUCGGCAGCGGCAUUGCCUCCCUCACAGCUGCCGUACACUUAAUCCAGGAAGCCAAUGUGCCUGCAGAAAAGAUUCAUAUUCUGGAGAAGCUCGCUGUGGCAGGGGGAGGUACGAUUAGCCGAGGGGACUCUGUGAAUGGGUACAAUUAUCGGGCAGGAGGGAUGCCUCCCUUCAACGGCUCGGCCAUGGAAGAACUCCUCUCGGUGGUUCCCUCUAGGACGCGAAAGGGAAAGACCGCUCUAGACGAUAUUAUAGAGUUCGGAAGUCACGCUCUCAAUGGGACAUCCCACACACGCCUCCUCACCCGGAGGUCCCAUGGCCUGGGGUGUAUCGAUCCCCACAAAAUCAACCUAGGGCUCCGAGACCGGAUAGAGCUUUUCGUGAUGGUCUCGAAAACCGAAAAGGCUCUAGGGAGAACCCGGAUAAAGGAUCACUUUGGCGAGAGCUUCUUCAAGAGUAAUUACUGGCUAACACUGGCCACCACGUUCGGCUUCCAGCCAUGGCACAGCGCGGCCGAAUUACGUCGAUACAUCGCCUGUUUCAUGCACGAUGUCCAUGAUAUUAACUUCCCGCGCGUUCUCGACUGUGGUCGCUAUAAUCGCCACGAAGCCAUUGUGGCGCCCAUCGCGCAUUUCCUAACAUCCCAAGGUGUGGACUUUCAGUUCAAUACCACUGUCUCCGAUAUCAUCAUAGACCCGAAGAACGAGAACCGCGUAUCGGCUAUUUGCGCACACAGAGAUGACGAGCGUGACCACAAGAUCGUGCUGGGACCAAACGACAUCGUCAUUGUUUCCGUGGGCUCCGUCAUGUCCGGGACGACGACGGGUAGCAACACCGAACCGCCGUCACUAGGGCUAAUGGAGAUCGACAACGAUCUGGAUGAAAACUGGCUCUUAUGGCUCGAGCUCUCGACGAAGAACCCAAAAUUCGGAAAUGCAUACAAUUUCUGCACGCGCAUGUCGGAAUCUCGCUUGGAAUCGUUUACCGUCACGCUCAAGGAUCCCGAAUUCUUCAACCGAUUCUGUAAGUUAACAGGUAACCAGCCUGGUACAGCCGCGUUCGUGACUUUGAAGGAUAGUAGCUGGAUCAUCAGCCUGAAUAUCCCGCAGCAGCCACUAUUCCCAGAUCAACCAGGCGACGUGCAAGUGCUUUGGGGUUAUGCGCUCCGUCCCGAGGCGCAGGGCGACUAUGUUAAGAAGCCGAUGCUGUCCUGUUCUGGGGAGGAGAUCUUGAGGGAAAUACUUCAUCAUUUGCAAUUUCCGGUCGAGACGAUAUUGAAGAAUUCCAUCACGAUCCCGUGUGUCGUCCCACGCAUGACCGCGACAAUGCUACCCCGGACAUGUGGCGAUCGACCACAGGUGAUACCAGAGGGAAUGACGAACUUGGCACUAAUUGGACAAUUUGUGGAUAUACCGGAUGAGGUCGUGGUUACCAUGGAUUAUGGUGUGAGAGGGGCGCAGAUGGCAGUGCGUCGAUUGAUGGGCUUGGAUAUUGAGGGUAAGAAGUCGAAGCGAAGUUCUGCAGUCAGCCUCUUGAUGUAGUUUAGAACGAGUUGUAUUUGUACCCAUUUUCACGUCUGAAUGACUAGAAACGUUAAAUAACUCUCUA